AGCUUCCUGCCAAUCAGAGGCGGAACAAGAGGAGCCUCGGCCAAUAGCGGGAGGCGGCCGGGUCAGGCGGGUGGCCCUGCGGUCCGCGCGGGGGUCCGCGAGCCAGUUGGCGCUGAGGGAGUGGCCGCCCCCCCGCCCUCGCGCGCUGCGCUCUCGGCCCCCCGGGCCCGCCCGCCGGCCGCGCCGCGUCAUGUCAGGCGCUGCUCGGCGCUAGUGCCCGGGCCGCCGCCGCCCGCCGAAGCCGCGCCCACUGUCCAGAGCCAGAGGGAUGGUGGUAGUCACGGGGCGGGAGCCAGACAGCCGUCGUCCAGACGGUGCCAUGUCCAGCUCCGACGCUGAAGACGACUUUCUGGAGCCGGCCACCCCGACGGCCACGCAGGCGGGGCACGCGCUGCCCCUGCUGCCCCAGGAGUUUCCUGAGGUUGUCCCCCUCAACAUUGGAGGGGCUCACUUCACCACACGCCUGUCUACCCUGCGGCGCUAUGAAGACACCAUGCUGGCGGCCAUGUUCAGCGGGCGGCAUUACAUCCCCACAGACGCCGAGGGCCGGUACUUCAUUGACCGGGAUGGCACCCACUUUGGAGAUGUGCUGAAUUUCCUGCGCUCAGGGGACCUGCCGCCCCGGGAGCGUGUACGGGCUGUGUAUAAAGAGGCCCAGUACUAUGCUAUCGGGCCCCUCCUGGAGCAGCUAGAGAACAUGCAGCCUCUGAAGGGGGAGAAAGUGCGCCAGGCAUUUCUGGGACUCAUGCCCUAUUACAAAGACCAUUUGGAGCGGAUUGUGGAGAUUGCCAGGCUGCGUGCGGUACAGCGGAAGGCCCGCUUUGCCAAGCUCAAGGUGUGUGUCUUCAAGGAGGAGAUGCCCAUCACCCCCUACGAGUGUCCUCUUCUCAACUCCCUGCGCUUCGAGCGGAGCGAGAGCGAUGGGCAGCUCUUUGAGCACCACUGCGAAGUGGAUGUGUCUUUUGGGCCCUGGGAGGCUGUGGCUGACGUUUAUGACCUACUGCACUGCCUGGUCACGGACCUCUCAGCCCAGGGCCUCGUCGUGGACCACCAGUGCAUUGGGGUGUGUGACAAGCACCUCAUCAACCACUACUACUGCAAGCGCCCCAUCUAUGAGUUCAAGAUCACAUGGUGCAGGAAGAAGAUGAGCCUUAAGUCUGAACGCCGAGGAAUUCAUGUGGAUCAGUCAGAGCUCCUUUGCAAGAAAGGAUGUGGUUACUAUGGCAACCCUGCUUGGCAGGGUUUCUGCUCCAAGUGCUGGAGGGAAGAGUACCACAAAGCAAGGCAGAAGCAGAUUCAGGAGGAUUGGGAACUGGCAGAGCGACUUCAGCGGGAGGAGGAAGAGGCCUUUGCCAGCAGUCAGAGCGGCCCAGGGGCCCAGUCCCUCACAUUUUCCAAGUUUGAAGAAAAGAAAACCAAUGAGAAGACCCGCAAAGUUACCACAGUAAAGAAAUUCUUCAGUGCUUCAUCCAGGGUUGGAUCAAAAAAGGCAGAAAUUCAGGAAGCAAAAGCUCCCAGUCCUUCCAUAAACCGGCAAGCCAGCAUUGAAACGGAUAGAGUGUCUAAAGAGUUCAUAGAAUUUCUCAAGACCUUCCACAAGACAGGCCAAGAAAUCUAUAAGCAGACCAAGAUGUUUUUGGAAACAAUGCAUUACAAAAGGGAUUUAAGCAUUGAGGAACAGUCAGAGUGUACUCAGGAUUUUUACCAGAAUGUGGCUGAAAGAAUGCAGACUCGUGGAAAAGUGCCUUCAGAAAGAGUUGAGAAGAUAAUGGAUCAGAUCGAAAAGUACAUCAUGACUCGUCUCUAUAAAUAUGUGUUCUGUCCAGAAACUACAGAUGAUGAGAAGAAAGAUCUCGCUAUUCAAAAAAGGAUCAGAGCCUUGCACUGGGUUACACCUCAGAUGCUUUGUGUCCCUGUUAAUGAAGAAAUUUCAGAAGUAUCUGAUAUGGUGGUGAAAGCAAUCACAGAUAUCAUUGAAAUGGAUUCAAAGCGUGUGCCUCGAGACAAGUUGGCCUGCAUCACCAAGUGCAGCAAGCACAUCUUCAAUGCCAUUAAGAUCACCAAGAAUGAGCCAGCCUCAGCUGAUGACUUUUUACCAACUCUCAUCUACAUUGUCUUGAAGGGCAACCCCCCACGCCUUCAGUCCAACAUCCAGUAUAUCACCCGCUUCUGCAACCCAAGCCGAUUGAUGGCUGGGGAGGAUGGCUACUAUUUCACCAAUCUGUGCUGUGCUGUGGCUUUCAUUGAGAAAUUAGAUGCUCAGUCUUUGAAUUUAAGUCAGGAAGAUUUUGAUCGAUACAUGUCCGGCCAGACUUCUCCCAGGAAGCAGGAAUCUGAGAAUUGGUCUCCUGAUGCUUGCUUAGGGGUUAAGCAAAUGUAUAAGAACUUGGAUCUUCUGUCUCAGUUGAAUGAACGGCAAGAAAGGAUCAUGAGUGAAGCCAAGAAACUUGAGAAAGACCUAAUAGAGUGGACGGAUGGAAUUGCAAAAGAGGUUCAAGACAUUGUUGAGAAAUACCCGCUUGAAAUUAAAGCCCCAAAUCAAUCUUUAGCAGCUAUUGACUCUGAAAAUGUUGAAAAUGAUAAACUUCCUCCACCUUUGCAACCUCAAGUUUAUGCAGGAUGAUAAAAAUUUACAUGGGUAGUAUUUAUUUGAGCCUAAAUUGUAGCUAGCCCUUACUACAGUCCAUGAUUGGGACCUAGACUAUAACUUAAUUGCUUAUAAAUGUCAGAGCAUUUUUCAAGGUACAGUUUGUGGGGAUUGUUUUUUGUUUGUUUUGUUUUUCCUGGCAGGGGAAGCUUAGUAAAUAAUAAAAUACUAUUUAUUUGAGUUACUGAAAUAGAUUCAUUUAAGGUUUAUGUGAAAGUUUUGUCUAAAUCUAUUUUUUCUCCAUGAUUUUCCCGCGUGCUUCCUCUUUGGCAUUCACUGUGGUUUGGUUUUGGGUAAAUACUUGCCUUUAAAGGAUAAAACAGAUGAAUGCUACAAAAUGUAUGUUUAAGGGGAUUCAGUGGUACCACUGUUCUACAGUUUGAAAUAUUUUAUAAUUGUAAAGAUAGAAGAUAUAUUGAUAAGUAAAUAUGUAAAAUUGUAAAUAUGUAAAAACAAAAAAGGAAUGGUGUCUGCGUUGCAUGGCAUUUCAUGUGUUAAUUUGUUUAGUUUAAAAUGAAGUAUAUUGAAUGUUUGCCUUUAACUCCAUUUUAUUUGGUUUGCCCCCACUUAAAUGAAUCUAGAAGUGUUUAGACAUAGUCCCCUUAAAAUCUCGACUCCAUUUUUGACCAUCGGUUAGCCCUGACUUGGGUUCUGUACAGUUAGAGACCGUGACACCAUUGAGCUUCAGAAUAAUUUUUCGGUCACAUAAAGUUGCAGUUGAGGAUAGUCAUUUGAAGACUUGGAACCAUGCUUCUUGCACCUUUUUCCUCCACUCAUUCACGAAAUACUUACAGAGUUCUUUGUAAAGGAGCUGGUCCUGGGUCUGGAUCAGAAGAUAGGAAAGACCAGGACUCCACUGGGGGGAGCCGAUGGGGGAUCCCUCCGAGCUCCGACGUGCGCAGGUGCCCUUCUGCCUCUGGGCGAACUUCCGACUUGAUGGACACCCCGGACACGUGUCCUGUGAACCUCUGCCAGGGCUUCUCAGCCUCAGUACUCCCGACACUGCAGCCUGAGGGGCUUCCGUUACCAGGGCUUCCCCGCGCACUGUAGGAUGUUUAGCAGUAGUCCUGGCUUCUCUACCCACCAGACACUAGUGGCAGCCCCCAGAGGUGUGAAGAAUGAUCUCCACACAUUGCCAAAUAUUUCCAGGGGGGGGGGCGGCAAAACCGCCCCCAGUUAAGAGCCCCUGAUCUGUUUUGUAAGUGAGGAAGUUAUCCUCGUGGUGGUUAAUGUGAUGUAACCAAAGAAUACUGCAUUAAAUGCACCGUCCAGUUAACUGGUAGUCAUUGAAGCUUUGCAGUCACUGGUACUAUGGAACCUGUUCUAAUGCUCAUGGAACCCUUCGCAACCUAAGCAGGCCACGUACGAUCCUCCUUCCAGUCGGUGAUUUCUGCAGAUUACCAGUGGGCCUGGGAAACGGUGCGUAAUUACAGGGCACCACUCUGAAACAAGGUCACGUCACAAGCAGUUAGGAAGGUUUCUUUGCUUUCCCAAUACCGUCCUAAUAGUGUACCACAAAUUUCGAGUGCAAUAAUUUUGGAAUAAAACUAGGGUGAGUAUAAAACUUGUUAUCCUUAAAUUUACACGUUCAAGCCCAUCAGGUUGACACAGCUGUUGUCAUAAAGCACUGAAGACGUGAUGAAGCAGUGACCCGAGUCCCUGAUCACCGAGCUCACGUGGAGUGCAGUGAGUUACUGGCAGAUACCAGUGAGAAUCUGCACUUAGAAACCCGGCCCCAAGUGAGUUCCGUAGAAGACGGUCUCCUUUCUCCUUUGUUCUUUUCUAUGUACUCUCUAGGUGCUAAUCCAGGUACACACACUCUUAAUUCUCCUGGGAAUAUACAGUUCUUUUAGUCGUUGUACACUAUAUUUGUUAAAUAAAAUGUGCAUAUCGGCCUCCCACAAAGCUGUCUUCUUUUGAUUUCUUACAUCUCGUUAGAGUAAGUUGUUGAAUUGAUUUGUUUAUCUCAUAUGAAUUGAAUUCUUUAGAUAUGAACUCUUGCCUGAGGUAGAAGCUUAUGUUUCUCUUAGGUCAGCUUCAGUACUAUGGCCACAGUUUCUGUCUUCUCAACAAGAAUGUAUUGCUGUUUUAUGUACUAUAAAUGUAACUGGAAUAAACCUUUGGAACAGAA